GUACUAAUCUGUACUGCGGGUCGUAACCUUGCGGACACAGGAAAACUGAUUCUUCGUUAAAUAAGAAGCCACAAUAGCAUUCACACACUAACACAUUAUCGAUUGAUGGUGUGACGGGGUUUAAGUGGUAAAGUUAGGUGCUAAUGCCGACAGAACAGUUAGACUGUUGUCAGUAGCCGAAACGGAACGUUGUACACGGCUCGUCACUUCGUUAGCGCUAAGUGAAAACAUCAGUCCGCCAGCCAGCCAGCCAGCCAGUCACCCAGCCAGGAUGCCGAUAUCUGCACCCAAAAUUCCCGACGGUUUGCCGGAGUUAAUGCGAGGGCUGGCCAAGAGUGUGAUUAAGGAAAAUCCGGAAAAUCUGUACGUGCAUGCGGCAGAGUACUUUGAAAACUUGAUCCGUGAGCGCGAUGGUCAUCUCGACCAUGGCUACCCAACGUUCAAUGCGUAUCAGGUGUACGCAGACUACAAGGAAAAGACCCGCGAAAAGUUAGGCUUAACAAAGGACCCUUCGCUUAGUGACGGUAACGGUGGCGACGGCGACGAAAGUGGCAGUGGGGGAAGUGAAUCGAAAAUGCGUGGCCGUAAACGACGUCGCGCGCGUAAACCCACCACUAGGGAGCGGGACAAUCCGACCACGAUGGUCGGCAAUCCGUCGGUUAGCGAUGAGGGUGAGCCGCAAAAGUUGAAAUCCCUGUCCGAGGAGAGCGCUCCCGCACCGGUGGUGGAGCAGGAGAUUGUGAAGGUGCACUACAAUCCUCCGGAGGCGACCCCUUCCCCGGGCAGGGUAGUAAGUGCACAGUCAGUAGAGGCGGAACAUGCCGUCUCGAGCAUUCUGGACGAUGAACAGAUCCUCGAUUCGGACGGUACCACCGGUGGAAAGGAAACGGGCGAUGAGUUGGUUGAUAAUGGUGACGACAUAGGAACGGCUCCUAGUACUGCGGAAGUUGCUGAGCGACCUCGUGUGCCGACCGUUGACAACUUGGAGCCGAGUGGUGAGAUGCCCUUGCAAGAUAUGGAAACGUGCUUUGUGCAUGCGAACGUUGACGAUUUAUUGGAAAAACACUCCGAUGAUUAUAAAACCGAGCAGGGCAAUGAGUUAGGAGGUGUGCCAGAGGAAACGAAGGUUUCCAGUGUUACUACAGGAGAAGGAGAAGACAUUCCGGAGGGGCCGCAGGUUGAAGUGCAGCCGAAAAGCGUUGGUGAUGAGGGAACGUCGCAGCACGCGCACGAAGUACCGAAGGAUGAAGAUGAAAAUGAAAUUCAGAUGGUUGGGCAGGAAGAGCAGCAAGUUGAUAUUGAAACGAGACCUGCAGCAGUAGAUGGAGCUGAGGUGGAUAGUGAAACGAAACCCAUACCAGUAGAAGGAACUGAGGUGCAAGCAGCCGCCGAUUUUGAUGGCAGUGAGGAGAACAACGACAAAGAAGAUAAGAUAGAAAAUGAGUCAGGAAAGCAAGAUGAAACACUCGUUACCAACGAGAUAAAACCUGAGGAAAACGAUGAAAUAGUAAAAGAAAGUGCGAGUUCACCUGUAGCGAUGGAUAAAGAUGAUGAUCAAACUAAAGCGAAUGAUGGAGAAGAUACUGUAGAUGUCUUGGUGGACGAAACAGCCGACAAUUUGACGAAAAAGGAUGAGCAAGCGAAAUUGUCUGAAAAUCAAACUAGUAGUGAGGCAGUUUUUACUUUACCAAAUAACGAACAGAAACAAAAUACGCCAACCACACCAGACAGCAUAGAAAAGAGUGAAGAACAUUCUUCUGCUCAGCCUACAGAAGAUGGUUUAAAAAUUGCACCAAGAAUGGGUUUUGAAGACGAUGAACUUCUAGAAACGGCUGAUACACCAUCCAAAACACUUGAUUUGGUUGGAAUUGAUGUUGAGAAUGCCUUAGAGAAUGUCGAUUCGCCUGAUAAAAUCUCAACUACGAAUACUGAAUUGAAAACAAUUGAAACAACAGCAAAUGAAGAUGUGCUAGAAGCUGAAAGUAGUAAAAAUGAUGAAGAAAUUGAAACUGCCGUUAAAGAUGCUGAGCCAGCUGAGCAGGAUCAAAGCAUCGUUAGUGAAAUACCAGUUAAAGAUGAGCAAAACACCCCAUUAAAUUUGAAUUUAUCUGAACUUACUAUGGAGAAGAACGAUCUUGAGGUGCAGCUAGAAUCGAAAGCAUCGAUUGAUGAUGAUUCUAAGCAAGGAAAUGAUGAGCAACAGGAAGCAGAGGUGGAUGCUAAAAGCGAAACAGAAAAUAAACCAGAAGAAAGUAAUGCAGCAAAAUCAGUAAAUAAUGAUGCAAAUGAAGAAACGAAGCAAGAAAAUGAAACGCAUGCAGUUGAAGCGAAAGAUGAUGCUCUUUCAAAUGCAGAAAUGAUCGUUACAGACUCCAUCGAAGAGAAAGGUAACCAAUUAUCCGAUCCAGCAACUGAUCCUGUGAUCGAUCAAGAAGUAACCGGCGAACAGCAAGCUACCGAGUCAAGCACUGACAAGUCCGAUAUUGCAAAACCCGAGAUUGAAGAGAAGAGCGAAUCAGUCAACACCCAGGACAAUGAGCAUGAGGUAAAUAAAGAACAUAAUGUUACAGAUGCAAAUGAUUUGCUAACAAAGGAUCGCUCUCUUGAAGAUGUAGUUUGCGAUGAUUCUACAGCAAGCGGCACAGUAAUUCCAGAAGCUACCAGCAGUGAAGGGAUUGUCGAAGAUAAGGUUGCUGAACAAGCUGAACCACUUGAUGAUGAUAUGAAUAAUGCUCCCGCAAAGGUAACUGAAGGUGUGGUUUCAGAAGAACCCAAGGAUUGUGCUGUAACAGAUACGGAAGAAUGUGGAGAUAACAAAGAUGAAAAACAGGACCAAGAGUCUGAGCAAAUGAAAGUCCAAGAUGCAGACAAAAGUAAUGAAAAACCAGCUGAAGUUGAAGCACCAACCGCUGUUCCAACAAAAGACGUUACUCCCACUCUGGAAAGUGUUGUAGUAGAAGAAAUGCAGAAACUGCUGUCAAAUGAAAACGAUUUGAAACAAACUGAAAGCACAAUCGUACAAGAUAAGGUCUCAGGCAGCUCAAGUAAAGAGGUAGAAGAAAAUGUUCGUGAUGCAUCUGAAGCUGAUCUCAAUGAUGCUGUUAUAUUAGCUGCUGAUGUACCAGUGGAAACACAAUCGAGUGAUAAUGUUGGAGAAGUUGGAUCUGGAAAUGAUUCUGAUGCUGUUACCGCAAUUAAGGAAUCAUCUGGCGAUCACGAAUCGGUUGCUGAUUCAAAAAACGCACUGGACCAGACUCCACUUGCUUCACAGCAAACCAAUGAAGAAACACCCAAGCGCGAAGUGAGCCUUGAAGAAGUCGUUGAAGAACCAUGCGUUAAACGUGAAAUAACACCCUCUAAAACAGGACCCUUAGAAAAAGAGGAUAGUACCGAGAAACAGGUAGAAGAGCGGGAAGAAAUAAAGAAAGUUGAUCUUAGCCAACUUAGCAAAGAUUCGGCCGAGGCUCUUUUUUACAGUUUGAAAAAGAGCGAACUCGAAAAUCAGGAUCCCGCUGAUGGUGGUACGACGGGGGACGUCCAUAGGACAACAGCCACGAAUGCGGAAAUUGAGCCACAAAAAACCGAAGAAGACGACGAUCAGGACGUUGUGGUAAAGGAAGAGCCUGUUGCUACUUCGAGCGAAGAUCGCACCAAGCGAACGUUUACAGAUGAUUUUUUAGAUGAAACCCCCAUCACUGAAGCUGCCACCCCCACUACGACCCUGCCAUGUGAUGGGGCAACUAAAGCGCUCGAUCCACUACCGAUGGAACAGGAGCGAACGUCACUGGAAACCGAUGAACAGAAGGAUGAAUUCAAUCCAAUGGUGAUGGUUUCGAUGCGAUCAAAACAAUUUCAGGAGCAACUGCACAGCAGAGAUGCGGGUGAGCAGCUGGGCGAAGGGCAGGCGGAUGAUGCAACCCCCAAGCGACCGAUCAUGCGACGAUGUAUGACCGAGAUGUCAGGAUUGCAGCGGUACGAUCCGGCAGUGGAUGAAGAUCCGGCCGACAGUCGACCGUCGACCGAGGAUCCGAGCUACGUCGAGGAAGAGGACCAGUUUGAUGGGUACUACAUAGGGCAUAUAAAGAAUAAAAUUCUAGCCUCAUCCGUCUCGGUGGCCGAUUCCGACUGUCCGGAUGGAACACGCUCGUCCGUUGAAUCGGUCGACGAGAAUCAGGUGCGUACGGCGCUGGAAACGAUUGCUUCUACCGAUACGGAAUCAACCAUCGCCUCGCAGGCUACGAUCCAGCAGGCGGGACGCCGUAGCUACCUCCGGAAGCACUCGCAGAACACGUCCUCCAACAUACCGUACGCGUCGUUCGGCAAUGCCGCCAUCGAUCAAUCGUUGGACGAGUUUAUCGAGCGGGAAGAGCAACACAAGCAGGACGAAGCGAUGGCCGAGGCGGCCACCAAGAUUCAGCGCUCGUACCGUACGCACAAGAAGAAGCUACUGCGCGACUACCAUAGCACGAUGCGUACCUGCACCGAGGACCAGUCGGCAGAAAGUGGCGAAGAGUAUGCCGCCAGCGUUAUCCAGAUCAAGCUGGACCAGCGACGCCCAGACGGUCCGGAUCCAACGGAAGGAGGUGACGCUGGAGAGGAAAGUGAUUCAGCAACGGCAAGCCAUCAAGAACCGUUGGGUGCGACCGGGCGUCGGCCAAUGUACAGCUUGAACAUUGACGAGUACGACACGGUGGCACGGCGUAUGACACUAACCCGCGGUGUGGCCAUGCAGCGCAACUCAACGCCGGAAGACGACUCCGGCAAGUCGUCAAACGUGUCCACCGAUCGAAAACCAUCGCUAACCAGCAGCGUGGCCACUGCGAAGAAGGACUCGGCACCUGCUAGUGAAUCCGGUGCUAGUGAAAGUCGGAGCUCGUCAGACGAAAAGCCACCCAAAGCGGAUGCUACCCAAGGGUCAAGUGACGAGCCGGAACCGAAGGAUGGCGCACUAAACUCAUCACGAUCAAAACCGAAAAGUGGCCCCGCCGGGACUGUGACUGGACGGGAGCAGCAUCCCGUGUCCGCGCCCAGAACCGCCACCAGCCUCAGGACGUCCUUUGCACCGCUGGACGUGCAGAGUCUGUUGCUGAUUGCACGGCAGCGCACGAUGCCGGUACAGAUCGAUUCGUCCGUCAUCCGGGUACUUCCGAAGCACAUGCGCAAGCGAAUCAGCAGUGCGGGCAUGCUGGAUGGCAACGGCAAGCGGAAGUAACGGGUGCGACUCUUAGUAUCGCGCGCGCGUUUUUAGCAUGGUAGUGGACGUACAUGAAGUACCAAUUAUGAAUGCAAAAUAUAAUCAACUAAUAAUGAUCAGUUUGGCACAUUGCAAAACAGUUGUGUUUUCUUUUGUUACAAUUUGUUUUGUCAUUUUUCCCGUAGGUUUGUUCGGUUCCGCCGCUAGCUCAUGCUUUCUCGCACACAGUGACGCAUCCCACACGCACGUAGGCAUACUGCCAUGUUAUGGCCAUAGAGAAUGUCGUUUGUAGGCUGACCAAUAUGUCGCGCAAGGGGCGUAGCUACCAUGCGUCCAUGCUAGUUUAGCUUAUCGAUUGUACGAUCUGCUGAGUUAUUCAAACGUAAAUUGCAUGUUGCAUGCCAUACCUUUGCAGGGCUUUUGUUGGCUGUCGGCGCUGUAGUUGUAGCAAAUUUAUCGACAAAUGUAAUUACACGGUGACAAAUUUUCUUUCAAAUACGGUAAAUUCUAGAUCAGAUAGAAUUGAAAAAUUUUAAGCUAAAAAUCACUUUAAAAAAGGCUUUUUUAUGCAAUUUAGAUCUAAUAAAAAUUAUUUUA